UAUCAUAUGAUUGAAGAAAGUGCACGGUAACAAAGAAGGGAAAGAGUCACAUAAUAUAAUGUAUUUAAUUAAUAAAGUUCAUGUCUGGCCGCGAUCCCCGCUGUUCUCCUCUCUUUAUACGAUUGAUCUAUUAAUUUAUCCAUAGAUUCGUAUUUUGUUCUCUUCACCCUAAAUUCUCAUUCUCCUAACUAACUAUUUAAUGAACCAUUGUUCUCUGUUUGGCAUCUGAUUUCUUCUAGAUUUGGCAAAGUUGCAAAUUGAGGCUUUUCAUGUUCACCCGAAACAGGAUGAAGGUAGGCUUUAAUGGAUUAAGGGGUAAAGAAAUUUCGCUUAUUUCCAUUGUUCUCAUGUCUGUAACUAUCAUUUUAUGGUCAUGGGAGAAAAUGCCUGGUCUUAGUGCCUUUCUUCCUCCUCAAACACCACCACUGCAACUGCCUUCAGAUCAUUUAGCUAGUCGUCGUUCAGACCAGGUGCUAGAACCAGAUCCACAUUUGGGUGAAGAUGGCUCGCCGUUGGCAAAGGCAAAGACUGCCAAUGAAGCAGAAGAACUACGUCUCAAGGGAGCAUCAUGGACGGUCCCUGCACAAAGCUCUUCUGGAAAGAACAUGGAUGAAGAGGGCUCAUCAUUAGCAACGGAGAAGAUCUUCAAUGAAACAGAAGAACUAAAUCUCGAGGGAGCAUCGCGAACAGUUCCUGCACAAAGCUCUUUUGGAAAGAACAUGAGUGAAAGUAAUACCAAAACAACUUCAUAUACCGAACAAAUUCUUUCAAGUGUGCCAGAUGAUGAAGCAAAACACAAGAGAAUCUUGGAAGGUGAGAAAAAUCAUGACGUACAGACUUUUUCCAGCCCAACAUCAUCUGGGGCUAAAAGAAAUGAAGCUGAGGGGGAAAAAAGUUUGAGACAAGAAGAAAAUAAGCAUAGAAAUGAUUUUGUGACUAAAUCUCCUCAAAUAAUCUCUUUAACUGGUGGAAAAGACAACAAUUGGAAUAAUGCUACAGAAAAUAAAGUCUGUAACUACGCAAAAGGAAAAUGGGUCCCAGACAACAACCGGCCUUUGUAUUCAGGUUUUGGUUGCAAACAGUGGCUAUCAGGGAUGUGGGCUUGCCGCUUGAUGCAACGUACUGAUUUUGAAUAUGAGAAGCUUCGGUGGCAACCCAAGGAUUGUCAAAUGGAAGAAUUUGAAGGUUCUAAAUUCUUGAGAAGGAUGCAAAACAAAACUCUGGCUUUUGUUGGAGACUCGUUGGGCCGGCAGCAGUUCCAGUCUUUAAUGUGCAUGAUCACUGGUGGUAAGGAUAAGCUUGAGGUUGAAGAUGUGGGGAGGGAGUAUGGAUUGGUUAUAGCUGAGGGCUCUGCCCGCCCUAGUGGGUGGGCAUUCCGCUUCUCAAGCACUAAUACUACCAUCCUGUACUACUGGUCGGCAAGCCUCUGUGAUGUUGAACCUAUUGAUGUAAACAACCCAAACACGGAUUAUGCAAUGCAUCUUGAUCGGCCACCAGCAUUCUUGCGCCAAUAUAUCCACAAGUUCAAUGUCCUGGUUCUCAACACAGGUCACCACUGGAAUCGGGGAAAGCUCACAGCUAAUAGAUGGGUAAUGCAUGUUGGUGGUGUGCCAAAUACUGAUAAGAAGAUAGCAGUGAUUUGGGGUGCCAAGAAUCUUACAAUUCACAGCGUUGUAAGUUGGGCGAAUUCACAGCUUCCAAAAUAUCCAGGUUUGAAGGUAUUCUAUCGUUCCAUCUCUCCUAGGCAUUUUGUUGGUGGGGACUGGAACACAGGAGGCAGUUGUGACAAUACCAAACCCAUGUCCGUUGGAAAGGAAAUAUUGGGAGAGGAGUCUAUUGAUGAAGGUGCUGCAAGUGCGGUAAAGGGAACAGGGGUUAAGCUCUUAGACAUAACAGCUCUUUCUCAGCUUAGGGAUGAGGGUCAUAUAUCACGGUUCAGUCUUACAGCGAAGCCUGGGGUGCAGGAUUGCUUACACUGGUGUUUGCCUGGUGUUCCUGAUACAUGGAAUGAAAUACUAUUUGCUCAAAUAUAGUUUACUCAUUAUGUUGGCUGGAGAGUAUUUGGUUGGCGUUGAAAAAGUUACAACCAUUCCUUCGCUUGGAAAUGGUCAUUCACUUUAAAAGAAAACUAUAGUUUUGCAGAGGACGCAGUCAUGGAGGUUGCAAUGUGUCCUAGCUGAGUUUGUACUUCAGAGCUGAUCUGGUGAGAUAUUUGAAGUCGUACGAUGCAGAGAUUUGUUAUGUACAUUGUCUUAAAUUAACUUUGACUACGCAAAUUUUGAGGUCUUCUGUAGUAUAACUUACUUACCAUGUAAAUUAAUUACUCCUUCAUAUGGCCGGCACAUAGCAAGUUAGUUGAAAAGAGUGUUGAUAGGCAAAUCUGCAGAAUAGGAGCAUUUGAAGAUUGUUACCGAGUGAGUUCUUCAUAAUGUAUUGAAUUGGAGGUUGAAGUCCAUAGAACAGGAAAACACCCUUGCUCUCCUUUUAAAAACAAAUCGGGCAGGGUGGAACAGAAUAGUGAGUUAUUAGUCUUGGAUUUUUCAUAUAUCAUAGAGUUUCAAAGCUUCGAUACAUUUCACGCUGAAUGUACUAUACGUAUAUACUCUACAGUUUACCAGGGACCAUAUUAAUAGUGGCUAGUGGGGUCUCUGAGUGCAAUAGUUACGUUGACUACUCUUUUAUGUGCUCAUCGAUCUACUUAUAGGCCCGACAAUACGUUGCAAACGUAUUUAAUAGCAUGAUGUUAGUUUGUCUGUUAAUAAUGUAUGUGCAUCUUCUCUAUA